AUGUUAACAACAGUGAGCUCCCCUACAGCCCUCCACCAACAGCAGUGCCCUCUACAGCUCCCAGUCCCUGCUCACUUUCAUUUCCACCUGUAUGGAAGGGAUGUGGGAAACCUCAGAGUAAUUGUCCAAAAAAGAGAUGGUUCCAAGACAGUGAUUUGGUCACACUCAAACAGCACAGGGAACCAGUGGAAUGCAGAAUAUGUCAAUGUGGGGCAAAGUCUGGAAAAUUACUGGAUCUUGUUCAGCAGCCUGCCUAGGCUGAACCUGAAUGACAUCCCAACAGCAACAGAUGACAUUGCCCUGGAUGACAUAUCCUUUAAAAACUGUGAAACUUCCUAUCAACCACCAGUCUUGCCUCCCUUUAACUGUUCUUUUGAGGCUGACAUGUGUGGCUGGAUUCAGGGGGGUGCUGAUGACUUUGAUUGGGAGAGGAGAUCUGGGCCGACAGAGUCUCAUAACACAGGACCAGUGGGGGAUCACACCACAGGCACAGGGAACUAUUUGUAUAUUGAAAGCUCUAUGCCCAGGAGAGAAGGGGAUGUUGCUCAGUUAAGGACUCCUUUGUUGGGCUCUUCUGGGCUUCAUGGGUACUGCCUGACCUUCUGGUAUCAUAUGUUUGGAGCCACUGUUGGAACCUUAAGGAUGUAUCUGCAAAAGAGUCUUCAUCAGCCCAAAACACUGAUAUGGCAGAGGAAGGGGACAGUGGGAGAUGAGUGGAGAAAGGCCCAGAUUCAUGUGGUUCUCCAGGAUGUUCAUGAAAUAAUGUUGGAAGCCACUGUUGGCGGACCUGCAGGAGACAUUGCAAUUGAUGACAUUUCAUUUGUCCCUGGAACUUGUCCACCAUCUGACCUUUGUGAUUUUGAAGAGAAUGACUGUAAUUGGAUCCAAGAGACAGAUGACGACUAUGACUGGAUUAGAGGAUUUGGAGGGACUCCUAGUGCUGACACUGGACCAAGCUUUGAUCAUACAACAAACACGGCUACCGGUCACUAUUUUUAUCUAGAAACCUCCAGUCCUCACAGACCAGGGCAAAAGGCAAGAAUGGUUUCUCCAGCGUUCCCAGCAGGGAAGAACAGGUGUUUACAAUUUUGGUAUCACAUGUAUGGAGUAGGCAUUGGAACCUUAAAUGUGUACAAUCAAGAUGAAUGUGUUGGGAAUCAGUCUCUUAUAUUCUCUCAAACUGGAAAUCAAGGAGUGCUAUGGAGGUUUGCCCAGACAAGCCUUGAAGAAUGCCAGGCAUCAUCAUUCAGAAUUGUAUUUGAAGGGAUAAAAGGGGCCACUGACAAAGGAGACAUUGCCAUAGAUGAUAUUCUGGUGUUUAAUGGACCAUGUUCUCCUGCUGGAUACUGUGACUUUGAGACCAAUUUGUGUGGAUGGACAAACAUUGAGGUUGUGGAUGAGGGUGACUGGAUUCGAAGCAGAGGGAACACUCCCAACAUCAAUACUGGGCCUGGUAUUGAUCAUACUACCAACACCACAAAGGGUUACUAUGUUUAUGCAGACAGUUCUGUGGGAUCACCUGGAGACAGAAUAAUGCUGGUCAGUGAAAUAUUUCAGCCAGCAGUGGAAGGAAGCUGUCUAUCAUUCUGGUAUCAUAUGUAUGGCCAAAACAUUGGGAACCUAAGUCUUUACAUCAAUAACAGGACACUCCAUACAAAUGGAAACAAACUUGGAUCUCUGAUUUGGAGAAAAUCUGGAAAUCAAGGGAACAAUUGGUCUGAAGGCAUGGUUACUGUGGACUUUUGGGAACCAUACUGGUUCAUAUUUGUGUAUGAAAAAGGAUUGGGUUUGAUGGGAGAUGUGGCCCUUGAUGACAUACAGCUUCUCCUGGGCUUGUGCUCCACCUCUCCUUCCGUCACAGCUGUGCCAACUCUGCCACCCACUCAGAUGCCCGGUGCCAAUGACUGUGACUUUGAAGUGGACCUCUGUGGCUGGCAGCAGGACCCAAAUGAGGGUUCUGAUUGGCGAAGGCAGCAGGGGUCAAUGGGGACAGGCUCGUUGGGACCAGCAGAAGAUCAUACUACUGGGAGUGUGAGAGGUCAUUAUAUAUUGGUUGAAGGAAAUGGCCAGACUGAAAAAGCUGUUGCAAGAAUUCGCUCCCCUCUUGUGGCUGUUGGUCUGGAAGGACUCUGUCUGAUGUUCUGGUAUCACAUGUAUGGUGGCAAGGUUGGCUCUCUGAUUGUGUCUUAUGGCAACGCAUCAAAUAAGACAAUGUUGUGGAUGAAGACAGGAACUUGGGGACCACAGUGGAACUAUGCACAAAUUCAUAUCACUGGUGCUCAUAAUAUCCAGAUCAUCUUUGAAGGCAUAAGAGAAGAUGGUGCCAUUGCCCUGGAUGACAUAUCAUUUAACCCAGACUCCUGCCCUUCAGCUAGAGAGUGUGACUUUGAGAAUGGGGUGUGUGGCUUUACCCAGGACAACACUAAUGAUUUUGACUGGAUUCUGGAAUCUGGUUCAAAUAACCCCAUUGGCCCUCUGAUUGAUCACAGCUAUGGCAGUGAAUAUGGCCAUUAUAUGCACUUUGCAACACCAACACCUCUUCAAUCACCAGUCAAGGGUUACUUGGACAGCCCAACAUACCUGCCUUCCAGAUAUUGCUUGAAGUUUUGGUAUUACAUAUCAGGCAGUGGUGUGAGGUCCCUCAGAGUAUAUGGGAGGAGACUCCAGACACUCUUCAAGUCAAUGUGGAGCUCAGAGGGGACCCAGGAGGAUGAGUGGCUUGUAGCCCAAGUUGACAUUCACUCUCCUGCUGCCUUUCAGGUAACAUUUGAGGGGAACAUUGACAGUGGAGUGAUGAGUGUUAUAGCUGUGGAUGAUAUUGAUAUUCGAGAAGGGGGUUGCAUACCAUUGGGAUCAUGUGAUUUUGAAGAUGACUCCUGCACUUGGAAGAAUGCUUUUGAGCUUGAUCAGUUUGAGUGGCAAAGACGGACUGGCCAUUCACACACUGAUGCUUCAGAGCCAGAGACUGACCAUACACUGGGAACAAUAUUUGGCACUUAUCUUUUAAUGGACACCUCUCCUCCACGAGUACAGAACGAUACAGCUUGGCUACUGUCACCUUUUCUAGAGUCUCCAAUGAUCCACUGUGUCAAAUUCUGGUACUACAUGCAGGGCAGUGACAUAGGCUCUCUGACAGUGAAACAGCAGUGGGCUGAUCACUCAGUUGUGGAUCUGUGGACAAGACAUGGAAACCAGAGUGAAAAAUGGCUUCAAGGCUUUGCACUAAUGUCGAUAGAUAAGCUGGAAAAGUACAGGGUCAUAUUUGAAGGUGUGGUUGGAGGUGGUCCAAAGGGUGACAUUGCCAUCGAUGACCUGUCCAUUGAGUCUGGCACGCUGUGUUUGACUGAGCCCUUACCUCCCCCAUCCUGCCAGUUCCAGUGUGGAGGAGGGUGGGGACAAUGUGUCACGCUGUCCGAAGUCUGCAACUUCAAGACAGACUGUGAAAGCACAGCUGAUGAGACAUUCUGUGGUUAUGAUUGCACCUUUGAAGAAGAGGGUGCCUGCGGAUGGAGUGAUGACAGUCAGGGUUCUUACAGAUGGCAUAUUGGCAGUGCAUCAACAUCUGAAUUGAAUUUGGGACCCAAUUAUGACCACACCACACUAACAAGUCAUGGUCACUAUAUCUAUGUGGAUACUAGAUUUGGUAGUGAGGGAAGCCAGGCUAUUUUACGGAGUCCCCAGCUGAAGCAAGCCAGCGCCACAUGCCAGAUUGUGUUCUGGUAUCACAUGGAAAGAUCAAAGACAGGAGCCCUCUGGUUAUCCCAUGUCAUUGAAUCCAGAGAUACUCUUCUUUGGAGCCUGUCAGAGAUACAGGGUGAUGUGUGGAGGAGAGAGGUGGUUCCUCUGGGUAGGAUUGUCCAUGAGUUCCAAAUUGUGUUUCAAUCUCAUGUGUCUACUGUUCUGGAAGACAUUGCCCUGGAUGACAUCUCUUUUGAAAACUGCGCCUUACCAGAGUUUAAGCCACAGUGUGUUGAGCAAGAGUUCCGUUGUGGGAGAGGGUCAUGCGUGUCUGCAGAUCGCCUGUGUGAUUUCACUGAUGACUGUGGGGACAACACUGAUGAAAACAACUGCGAUGCCUAUCCUGGUCGCUGUAACUUUGAGUCUGGCCUCUGUAGCUGGACCCCAGUGAGUCAAGAUGGGGUCAAAUGGUCUGUGGGAACAGGUGGUAAUAAGCCUCUGACUGAGUUAUUCCCAAAUCGGGAUCACACAACAGGGACAUCUGCAGGUCAUUUUUUAUUCAUUGACAUCCCAAACCUGCCCCAGGGAAGCCAUGCUGCUCGAAUAGGCAGCCCUCUGCUGACUAGUGCCUCUCAGUGUGAACUGCGUUUCUACUACUACCUGUCGAGUCACAAGGCUGGUGCUCUGAGGGUCUACCUGAGGAACUCCAAUGACGGACCACUCGAACUACUGUGGGAAAGGCAAGAAAAGAUUGGCCAAUACUAUGAGAGAGUUGCUGUGGCAUUGAUCAGCCAGUAUCCAUUCCAAGUAAUUAUUGAAGGAAGUGUCCGUGAUCUAGCCGGCCUGGGAUUGGCUGUUGAUGACAUCUCAUUCUCAUCAGGCUGUAGGACCUAUGAAGGACAGCUUCCUCCAGGUUCCACACAGUUACCUCCAACAGUAAGUCCUUGCUCAGACAAUGACUUCCAAUGUGGUGAUAAUCGGUGCAUCCCAGUCUUCUACUGCUGCGAUGGAGUUCCUCACUGCUCCGAUGGACGAGAUGAAGCCACCUGUGGCACUUGUGCAUUUGAGGAGACGAUGUGUGGGUGGAGAGAUCUUAGCACAGGCUUGCAGGCUUGGAGACUACAGCAGGGUUUUACAGCAGGUGGUACUGCUCCAGACACAGACCACACCACUGGGACUGCAUCAGGCUGGUAUAUCUUUGUGGACUCCUGGACUGGUGUGUUCGAAAGUGAAGCUAUUCUUGAAAGUCCAGUGCUUGGCGAGUCAGCCAGUUCUUGUACAGUGAGCUUUUGGUACCACAUGCCAGGACAUGAUGAUUCUUACCUCUCCCUCUUCAUUGUCCAUAAAGAACAGCGAGAGAUCUGGUUUCACAUUGCAGAAGGGGAAAAUCAGUGGACUCAGGCAGCAGUCAGAAUAGGGAGACAACCCUUUGGAUAUAAGUUACAUUUCAAAGUCUGGACAAUGUCAGUUCUCGGGCGUGUGGCUUUGGAUGACAUCAGUUUAAGCAACUGCUCAUUUCCAGGUCAGAUUGAUGUCAAGGCACUAACUUGCAAGAUGCUCCACCUCACCCCUAUAUGUGGAUUCGUUGUUGCUGAUAACCCUGAUAAUUGUGGUGUCAUCUGCAAACUUAAUAAUGUGGUUCCUGCUAUAAGUGACUGA